AUGACUCGCCCUAAACCUAAAAAACGGAACCGAAGGAAAAUAGGAGCAAGGGCCUACAAAAACUAUUCUGAAGAAAUGCUCACUCUUGCAGUUGAAAUGGUCCGUAACAAAAAUGUGGCAUCUUAUGACGCAGAAAAACAAUUUGGAAUACCACAUAGUACCAUAGAAAAAAGGGCAAAAAACUUACACACUAACAAACCUGGUCCACGGUACCGAUUUACAGAGGAAGAAGAGCUCCAAUUUGUAAAAGUGCUUAUUGUUGCAUCUGAAUUUGGAUGUCCAUUGACACAGUUGGAUUUCCGUAUGAUUGUAUUUGAUUACCUUAAAAAAAAUAAUAAAGCGUACAUUUUUAAUGACAAUCCUCCAGGUGAUUGGUGGGUGAAAAACUUUUUGAUAAGACACCACGAUAAGCUUACCGUGCGAUCUACACAAAACAUUAAAAAAGCAAGAGCCGAAAAAUCCCUUCAAGAUUUUAAGAUCUACUUUGAAAAUUUAAAGAGCUGUGUUGAAGAUUUGCCGGCAACCCAUAUACUCAAUUACGACGAAACAAAUGUCAGCGAUGACCCGGGGGCAGUCAAAUGCAUUUUUCGCCGGGGUAUCAAGUAUCCGGAAAGAACAGUAAACUACUCAAAAGGUUGUAUUUCUAUAAUGUUUUCCGGAACAGCCAGUGGUGAUCUUUUAGCUCCGUACAUCGUCUAUAAAUCUGAAAAUAUGUGGACUAGGGUUUCCGAUUUCUCGAGGUUUUUUAGUUCUCGGGUGUCGAGACUUCUCGAGCCUGAUUUCUCGGGUCUUCUCGGGUUGUCGAGAAAAAAUAAAAUACGUCUAAAUUUUUGUUUAAUUAAUAAAAAGAGUCUUUAA